AUGGUUGGAAGAGGUUGGGAAUGCCGGGUGGUGGCUUGGGUAAGUUGGGAUGGUGUUUUAUUGAUUGUAGCAAGGCAGAACAACAAGGUUGUUGGGGAAGUAGAGGUGGCGCCAGUGAGGUGGAGGGAUUGGGAUGGUAGGCGGCUGAGGGGAGUGGUAGGAGAAAGGUCCGGGAGAAGGAGCGAAGGAGAUUGGAAGUAUACUACACCACCUCAGAAUUCCCAACUUUAUUCUGAUAUUUAUGUGGCGCUCAAGAAAAACAACAUAAUUAUAUUACAAACCUUUGUUUAUUUUCCUUUAUCAGUACUGUUCAGCCUGAAGGAAAAUUAUGAGCAAGUCAUGAGAAGAGAUGAUGUGAAGGCAGUUGUCCUUACAGGUGCUGGAGGAAAAUUUUCAGGAGGUGCUGAUAUCUCUUCAUUCAAGGAAGGAGAAGGAGAGGCGCCAAGAAACAGUUCCAUGUCAAUAGAAUUUUUUACCGAUAUUCUGGAAGGUGGAAGAAAACCAUCAGUCGCUGCAAUUGAUGGCCUUGCUCUUGGCGGUGGGUUGGAGCUUGCAAUGGUUUGUCAUAGUCGCAUAUCCACUUCUACUGCUCAGUUAGGACUUCCUGAACUUCAACUUGGAAUAAUUCCAGGAUUAGGAGGAACGCAGCGGCUUCCAAGGCUCAUUGGCCUCCAUAAAGCUCUUGAAAUGAUGCUGUCGUCGAAACCUGUUAAAGGGAAGGAAGCUUAUGCGCUAGGGCUUGUUGAUGCCAUAGUUUCACCUGGUGAUUUGAUAAAAACUGCUCGUCACCGAGCAAUAGAAAUUGCAGAUUACAGACAGCCAUGGAUAAAGAGUCUUUUUAAAACUGACAAACUAGAGUCACUAAGGGAAGCUAAAGAAAUUCUUAAGUUUGCAAGAGCACAAGCACAAAAGCAAUCCGUUCAUCUAGAACAUCCACGAAUUUGUAUUGAUAUCAUUGAAGAAGGAAUAGUGUCAGGGCCUCGUGCUGGACUUCUGAAGGAAGCAAAUGCAUCUUGGAGUCUUCAAUUUUCCCCCACAAGCAAAAGUUUGGUGCAUGUGUUCUUUGCUCAACGAGCUACAACUAAG